AUGACACCAAAAGUUGAGGAUAUUGAUGAUAAAGUAAAUAGGCUAGAGAAACGUAUCGCAGAAUUAGAAAAGCGCGAUAAUUUCUGCAUACUACCAAACAAACAUCAAGAAAAUGAGGAGAGUCUCCUUUCCAUAGUAAAGUCAUUGUGUAAGGGAUUCGGUAUACUGGGAUUGAUCGCAUUCACGGCAAUUCAUCUGGUUUUCUUUUUUAUCUCUAGUUACAAAAUACUAGACUUCAACAUUGAAAAAUACUUCAUCUUUCUGGCGGAAAGCAUUUGUAAGUUCUACCAGUUAUUUGGAUAUUGUGGAUGGGAACUUUAG